UUUCUAGCAGGAGAAAUCCGUCUGCUGCUCGGUCGGUGAAAGUAAACACCUGGCGUAUGUCUUGUCACAAUGUUCGCCCGAAUAACGUUUUAUCCAACUUUGUUUUACAAUGUGGUCAUGGAGAAGGUUUCCAGUCGAAGGUGGUAUGACCGAAUCGACGAAACUGUAGUUUUGGGUGCUUUACCUUUCGCCAAGGACGCCGAAUCGCUUGUAAAAACUGAAAACAUCAAAGCUGUCAUAUCCAUGAAUGAAGACUAUGAGCUUCGUCUGUUUUCUAAUGAUGCAGAGGCAUGGAAGCAGUAUGGCGUUGAUUUUUUACAGCUAAGCACAGUAGAUAUAUUUGAAACACCAUGUCAAGAAAAACUUUUAAAAGGUGUUGCAUUCAUAAAUAAAUUCCAUACGGGUGAGAAUAAAGGCAGUGUCUAUGUGCAUUGUAAAGCAGGAAGAACAAGAAGCGCAACACUUGUUGGUUGCUACUUGAUGAUGAAAAACAGAUGGACUCCACAAGAGGCUGUUAGUUACAUGCGCUCCAAGCGUCCUCAUAUACUUUUGCAUAACCAGCAGUGGUCGGCUCUUCAAUUGUUCCACAGUAGCAAUAUAACAAACAACUCAUCCUAGGAUCAAUAUAGCUGAUUUCUUCAGAGGGCCUUUCAGUUUAUACAUCUGUCUCAAAGUACUUAUGAAAUAUGCAAGAAUUGUAUGUGCAAGGAAAUCACAAAGUAUCACCUGUCAUGCAUGAUGUCAUGGCCAAUGUCUUCUUAUCAGCUUCUGUGGUAAGCCAUCUUUGCAAAUGUUAAACUUUUUACCUUUACAUGCGGCCAUCCCACCAACUCUUACUGGCAUUAGCCAGCAUGCUCAGGUUUAAGUGAACAUUACUUGAUCUACGCUAAAUUUGGCAGAAUAAUGUUAACAUUAGCCUGCUAAUGUCUGUGUAGAAUAAUGCAUUCUACACAUCAGAGAGCAGAGUUUCUGAUUCCAUUCAGUGUCAUGAAGCAAUACCAUAAUUGUAAAUCAGAAGUAUUUUAUUUGAACUGAUCUUGCUCAGAGACAACAUCUAUUUUAGAUUACUUAGGUAGGUAGUGAUUUACCAAUACAUUUACCUAGAUAGAAGUUAUGUAAUGUUAUUGUCAGAGUUUUUAUACACAUGUUGUAACAAGUUGAAUAUUUAUAAUUUCCUAAAUUGAGUUGAUAAUAAAAUAUAUAAUAAAACAAAA